UCUAAGAGUAAAGAUGACAAGUUUUGUGGUGUAUGUGGUGAUAGAGCUUUAGGUUAUAAUUUCAAUGCAAUUACUUGUGAAUCAUGUAAAGCCUUUUUUAGAAGGAAUGCCUUGAAGAAAAAGAAAAUGAAGUGCCUUUUUAAAGGUAAUUGUAUCAUUGAUGUGCGUACAAGAAGGUUUUGUCCUUGUUGCAGAUUACAGAAGUGCCUCUCAAUAGGAAUGAAAGAA